AUGAAGAACCUGUGGUUAUGGCGCUUCCUGCCUCUGGCGCUACUGCUUUUGCAAGUGCUUGCAGUUGAAACGCAGACUCAAACACACGAUGAUCACACAUCAGUAGUCAUCGCACCUGAAGCACAUCGGCGUGGCAGCCAAUCUGCAGAUGACGCUGAGGGGUCUUACAUUUGGCCCGGGAAUGAACGUGUCGAAAAUGCCAUCAAAAUCCUUCACAAUGUCAAAACCUCCGGCGUUCAGUCCGAGAAGCCGUCUGGCCUGGUGGGAUAUGCCCUGCAUUACAUCCGACAAAUGUUUCGCAUCCUUUUCUUGAAUUCACCUCAGUCGGAAACUCCUGGAAAGCAGAAAGUCGACCCUAUUAUCGUCAAGGCCGUGAAGGAGCUGAAGCUUGCGGCGGAGCUGGAUGAGAACCCCGAUGCGAUGUUCCUCUUAGCGGAAAUGAACUUUUACGGCAACUUUACUCAUCCGCGCGAUUUCCAACGCGCGGCUCACUGGUAUCAGAGCCUCGCCGACUCGACCGGGAAUAGUACGGCGCAAUAUAUGCUUGGUUUUAUGUAUGCCACUGGAAUCGGAGGAGGAGUUGAGCGCGACCAGGCAAAGGCACUUCUAUACCAUACAUUUGCGGCGGAGGGAGGCAAUACAAGGUCGGAGAUGACGCUUGCGUAUCGCAAUCAUGCUGGCAUCGGGACGCCUAAGGAUUGCGAUCAAGCAACGUAUUACUAUAAAAAGGUUGCGGAUAAGGCGAUUCAGUAUCUUCGAUCUGGGCCGCCCGGGGGUCAUAGCAUGGUCCGUGAAUCAUACCGCUGGGCGGAUGAAGAAGGUGGUAUCUAUGGUGAGGGUGCCAGUGUAUCGAGCUCGGGACCCAACGCGCUGCGUGAUGGUGUUCAAUCCAGCACCGAGGCUAGUCUUGAAGACGUUCUGGAGUAUUUGGAUCUCAUGUCACGAAAGGGCGAGCUUAAGGCCACGUUCAGCUUGGGGAAGAUGCACUAUGAAGGGGCACGAGGUCUACCUCGGAACUUUCGAAAGGCAAUGCGGUACUUCAAACAAGUGACGAGAAGGUAUUGGAAUAGGGACGGGUCAGUCAACCCGAAUCAUCCCAUGAAUAUUGAUAAACUGGCCGCGAAAGCAGCGGGACAUGUUGGGAUGAUGUACCUCCGUGGCGAAGGCGUGGAGCAGAAUUUCAACACCGCGCUCACCUGGUUUAGACGUGGGUUGACCAAUGGCGACGCGAUUUGUCAACAUGAGAUGGGACUCAUGUAUCUUCAUGGGUACGGCGUACCCCAAGACGCAUUGAAGGCGGCCUCGCUCUUCACAAUGGCGGCCGACCAGGACUUUGCUUCGUCGGAAAUUCGACUUGGCGCUUUAUUCCUGGACCAAGGAGAUGUACCCACGGCCACUCGCUAUUUCGAGCUAGCUGCUCGCUGGGGCUCUAUGGAAGCAUUCUACUACCUGGCUGAAUUGUCGAACAAUGGAAUUGGCCGAGAACGACACUGCGGCAUGGCUGCGUCGUAUUACAAGAUGGUCGCUGAGCGCGCGGAAAUCAUUCAUUCUUCUUUUGCUGAAUCCAACGCUGCAUAUAAGAGCGGCGACGAGGAACGAGCCUUGAUACCGGCUAUGAUGGCUGCGGAGCAAGGAUACGAAAGCGCUCAGUCGAAUGUGGCAUUCCUCCUUGAUGAACAGCGGUCAUUGUUAUCGUUGGACACUAUCCUCCCUGGGGCCAAGAAGACUCGCCCAUCACUUCUUCGAAACGCUGCCCUGGCUCUGAUCUAUUGGACGCGAUCGGCGAAGCAGGCGAACACCGACUCUCUGAUCAAAAUGGGCGAUUACUACCUUAGUGGCAUUGGCAUCACAGCGGAUGCCGACAAAGCCUCAACUUGUUAUCAUACCGCCGCCGAAGCACAUUACAGUGCACAGGCUUACUGGAAUCUUGGCUGGAUGCACGAGAAUGGCGUCGCCGUGGAACAGGAUUUCCAUAUGGCCAAGAGAUACUACGACUUGGCUCUUGAAACAAAUACAGAAGCUUAUCUACCCGUCAAGUUGAGUCUGAUCAAACUGCGGAUGCGGAGCUUCUGGAAUACCAUUACAAAUGGAAAAAUUAACUCCAUUCAGGAGGAAGAAGAACAAAAGCCUCGCCGAACAUUCAAGGAGUGGAUCGCGGCAUUCAUUGAAAACGAUGAAGAGGAGGAAGCCAGCUACCAUGCCCAGCUGUACAAACAUGCCGAAGGCGAAAAUGACAUGUUGAAUUCGGAGUCUGACUCGCAUCGCCUUGACGAACAUCGCCAUGAGGACGGUUAUUAUGACGACCUCGAACUUGACAUUGACGAAGGCGUUCUGGAGGGUCUCAUCAUCGUGACCUUGGCUGCUACGCUACUGGUGCUUGUCUACUUGAGACAACAACGCAACAGACAGAGACAGAACGAGAACCCAGGCGCCAAUCCAGCAGCUGUAAACAAUCAGAAUGAUCGGGGAUUCUUCCCACAGCCUGGAGACCCGGAGUUUGCUCAAUGGGUUGCAGGAGGAGUCGGACAUUGA